AUGGCCCGUACGAAGCAAACUGCCCGCAAGUCUACCGGUGGCAAGGCGCCCCGCAAGCAGCUCGCCACCAAGGCGGCGCGCAAGUCCGCCCCGGCCACCGGUGGCGUGAAGAAGCCGCACAGGUACAGGCCCGGUACCGUCGCGCUCCGUGAGAUCCGCAAGUACCAGAAGUCCACCGAGCUCCUCAUCCGCAAGCUCCCCUUCCAGCGCCUCGUCCGCGAGAUCGCCCAGGACUUCAAGACGGACCUCCGCUUCCAGUCCUCCGCGAUCCUUGCGCUCCAGGAGGCGUCCGAGGCGUACCUCGUCGGCCUCUUCGAGGACACGAACCUCUGCGCGAUCCACGCCAAGCGUGUCACGAUCAUGCCCAAGGACAUCCAGCUCGCCCGCCGCAUCCGUGGUGAGCGCGCUUAAGCGACGACUCCUUCUAUGGUCUUCAACAACAUCAAAAACUAACCGGCGCUUCGGCGACGAAACAAUGGUGAUAAAUAAUCACCACCUCUCUGCGAGAAAUCUAUCUGUACGGCGGAGGAGGCUACGACCUACUCCGCUCUCAUCAUUCACGCAUCACUCGCCUCGCCUCGCCUCGCCCGCGUCAAUCUAAACUAGCCGACCUCGUGGUGCAGAGCGCGAGUGAUGAACGAUGAAGGUCGCUUUUUUGGCUAAGAACGAGAGCUGAUUACAUUAA